AUGCACCGAUUUGGUGUAAUAAUUUUCGCCUCCAUUUUAGUUGGCGUGUUUGCUUUUGAUAAAUCUAAAUUAGUUGAAACAAGUGAAGGCACAGUCGAAGGGUAUUUGUCGGAAAGUGGUCUCUGCUAUGAAUAUUUAGGGAUAAGAUAUGGAAUUCCACAGAAAUUUAGAGCGCCCUUACCACCACCAAAAUUCUCCGGAAUUUACAAAGCCAAUAACCCCAACGUCCUCUGUCCACAGUUUAUGACCCAUGACCCUCUAGCGGCUCCAAGCGACAAUGAGGACUGCUUGGUCCUUAACAUUUUUGCUCCAUCUUUCUUAAACAGUACUUUUCCAGUCAUGGUUUUCAUUCAUGGGGGAGAUUUCGGGGUAGGAUCGGGUUCACCAAGCUUCUAUGGUGCACAGUAUCUGAUCAGCCAUGGGGUUAUUGUCGUUACCAUUAACUACAGAUUGAAUGUCUAUGGCUUUCUCAAUUUAGAUAUCUUGGACGCUCCUGGAAAUGCUGGGUUAAAGGAUAUCAGAGCAGCAUUAAGAUGGGUUAAGCAAAAUAUUGCUAAUUUCAAUGGAGAUCCUGAUAAUGUAACUGUUUUUGGUCAAGGCAGUGGUGGGGUAGCUGCUAUAUAUCUGACAAUGUCAGAAUCUACUAAAGGACUGUUCGAUAAGGUCAUAUCUGAAAGUGGAAGCCCAUUCUCUCCUCAAUCCUUUGAUCCAAAACCAAUAAUGACUGCUAGUCAAGUGGCCAAAUCUCUUGGCUUAACUAGCAAAAAACCUAAAGAGUUGUUUAAAAUUUAUUCGGAAACUGAUAUAAAUAAAGUCGAAGAAGCGAUUGAGAAGCAAAUGAAUGCCAAAUCUGUAUUUUUACCAUCAGUAGAGAAAGUUUUUGAUGGAGAAGAACCAUUUUUAACAGAUACUCCUUAUAAUAUAUUAUCUGCUGGACUGAAUCAUCCUAGUUUUAACCCUGUUCCUAUGAUAAUUGGUCUCAACACUGUCGAAGGCCUAACCAGCACAUUAGACUACUACACAAUUACCAGCCAAAUGGACAGAAUUAAAAAUGAAGACUAUUCCGCUUUAGAUCAAAGAAGUUUAUUAGUUCCAGAAGAAGAAAAAGAAGAAUUCCGAAAUAUGAUCAAAGAAACGUACUUUACAAACAUAAGCUCAGAUGAAGCCCUUAUAGGUGGGAUAAUAAAUUUGAAUACUGAUUUUUCAUUUGUGGGACCAGUUUCGCUGUUUUCAGAGAUAUAUGCCAACAAUUCUGGCAUGCCAAUAUAUGAGUAUAUAUUCAGUUAUAUUGGCAACAGAAAUCUUGGCAGAUUACUCACAAAUAGUAGUUUAGGAGCUACAGCGAAUAGGGACGAGCUGUUCUACAUUUUCGAGUUGGAAAGGAUGCCUCUGCCAAUGGACGAAAACGACGCCAGAAUUAUAACUUUCAUGACUAUGAUGUGGACUAACUUUGCCAAAUUCGGAACUCCAACCCCAGACCCGAGCAAUGGUUCCUGGUUACCACACCACAACCUCGCCAUCAACCUCGAACCCCAAUACGUUGCACCAUUGACCCCUGAACGAGCUUACUUCUGGAGAUACUUCUAUUAUAAAUAUGGGGCUGAUGUUCCAAAAAUA